CUUAAAUAUUACCUUUAAUCAACAAGAAGGAAGCAAAGUCAAAACACCAAAAAUGAGAAAAUUCAUUAAGACACAAUUGUCACAAUUAAAUCAAAUCAUACAAUUAGAAAAGGAACAAGAAGAUCCAAGAAUUAGAACAGGAUUAAGACAACUAAAACAACGAUUAGAUAGUAUGAAAACAAAUUAUAAAUACGUUUUCCAAUUAACAAGACAACAAACUGAUGAACAUAUUCAAGAAAUUGAAAGAGUCAUAAAUAGGAAUAUAUUGAAAGCAGAACCAGCUGAAGACAAAAAAGCUUAUCUAUAUAAAACAAUAUCCGCAUUAACAGAAACAAAAGAUGCUAUUCUUUGGAAAAUAGAGAUCUAG